UUUGACGGGAACACUGGGCCGCGUGGAGGCUGCCGUGAUGCUCCCGUCUUUGCAGGAAUCGCUGGAUGGGGAUGAAAAGGAGCUGGAGAGCAGCGAGGAGGGUGGCUCCGCGGAGGAGCGGAGACUCGAGCCGCCGCCCAGCAGCCACUACUGCCUGUACAGCUUCCGCGGAAGCAGGUGCCCGCGCCCUGCCCGCUGCGCCCGCGGCCCCGCCGCCCGGCCUUGCACCCCGCGGCCCCCACUCGCCAUCUCCUCUCCCAGCCAAGGUCUCUGGCCCGAUGGGCCCUCCUGGCCACACCUCUCCUUGGUGGACACUAAUCUACCAUCUGAGGUGGAGCCGGAGCUGCGAAGUUUCAUUGCUAAGCGUCUUUCCAAGGGAGCAUUCUUUGAAGGGCUGGGUAAUGUUGCAUCUGUAGAGCUGAGAAUUCCAGGUUACCGAGUUGGCUGUUAUUACUGCCUUUUCCAACAGGAAAAACUGCUUCCUGAAAUAGCAGCAGUGGAAUCUGAGCAUAACCCUUCUGAAUAUGUGGUCUGCUUCUUAGGAGGCUCUGAGAAAGGACUGGAGCUUUUCAGGCUUGAAUUGGACAAGUAUAUUCAAGGGCUGAAGAAUAACAUGAAUUGUGAGGCUCUAAGUUACACUCCCGUUGAAUUUAAAGAAUCGGAUGAAAAAACAAAGAGAGACAUCAACAGGUUUCUGAGUGUGGCCAGUCUCCAGGGACUUAUUCAUGAAGGCACUAUGACCUCUUUAUGCAUGGCCAUGACAGAGGAACAGCAUAAGUCUGUGAUCAUCGACUGUAGCGGCCCCCAGCCUCAGUUCCACAAUGCAGGAAGCAACCGUUUUUGUGAGGACUGGAUGCAAGCUUUCUUACACGGUGCCGAAGCGGGUAACCCUUUUCUUUUCAGACAAGUCCUGGAAAACUUUAAACUAAAGGCUAUACAAGACACAAACAAUUUGAAGAGAUUUAUCCGACAGGCAGAGAUGAAUCAUUAUGCUCUGUUUAAAUGUUACAUGUUCCUUAAGAACUGUGGCAGUGGAGAUAUCCUUUUGAAGAUUGUUAAAGUGGAACAUGAAGAAAUGCCCGAGGCCAAAAGUGUGGUGGCUGUCCUUGAAGAAUUCAUGAGAGAAGCACUUGUCUGAAGUUCCUGUCCCAUGUUGAGGAUCUGUUCCACGGAGUGGAUUGAGGCUGCAUGUGGGGGCUGUAAUUACCAUUGUUUAUAGGAUUGCACUGCCCUAAGAUGACUGGAAGCACCCCAGCUUCUUCCUUUUGUGCUUUUUUUGUUUAUCUUAAUUAAACACAACACUCAGAGGCCUGUCUUCACCAGGUCCUAGGCAGAUGUGUGUUACAGCUGUAGAAUUGUGCUGCCUUACUAGUCUCAAAUCCUAAGCAAGUGCUGCCUAAAAAGCUCUGGAGAUGAGUUUUGGCUUCUUGGGAGUUUACAGUAGUGUUUAGCAGGACUUCCUCCUCCAAAAGAAACAUAGUAUGUCUUUCUCAGUACAAUGUAGAAGUUUUUAAAGUGCAUGAUCCUAGCAAGAUGUGGUGACACAUGCCUAUAAUCCCAGCUACUCAGGAGGUUGAGGCAGGCGGUUGUGAGGUUCCAGGCCAGCCUGAGCUAUGUAGUAAGUUUAUGCCCAGCUAGGACUGCAUGGCAGUCAUCAUCUUCCGGGUCGGUCUCACUGCACCAUCGUUUCGCUUCAGAGACAGCCUGUUCAUCCUGUGAGUGCCUGAUACAAACCGAUGGGCAGGAAUGAUGAAGCCACCUUUUAAAGCGAAUAUACACAUGAAUUAUGAGUGUAUAAGAACUUAAAAUUGAGCUUUAUGUAUAGAAGCUUGUGGGCUGGCAAGGUGGCUCAGAAGGUAAAGAAACCUGCCACCAAGUCUGAUGACCUGUGUUCAAUCCCCGGACUCACCUGGCAGGAGAGAACCAACUCCACAAGUUGCCUCUGACCCAUACACAGCUACAUACACAAUAAAUAAAUAUAUGAAGAUAUGGUGGGCUGGAGAGGCAGCUCAGCAGUUAAGAGCAUUGUUGCUCUUGGAGAAGAGCUGGCACCUACCUGGUGGCUCAAUUUCACGGGAUUUGACACCCUGUUCUGACCUCCUCAGGCAUCAGGCACACAUGUAGUAUACAGACAUACAUGCAGACAAAACAUACAUGUAAAAUAAUGUAAAACCAAUAAGAAAGAAAAGAAAGAGGAAGAGAGAAGAAAGGGAUACACUAGCUUCAAGAUGAAACAUUCUCUCUGAUUAAAAAGCUCUUGUGGAAAUUGCCACAAUAGGUAUUUAUUUGUCAGGAGCCUGUAUUUCCCUCCUUAUUUCUAGAUAAAAAUGCUGGAAUUCUUAAACAGUAUUAAAAAAAGAGGGAUAAAAAAAGUCAAUAUAGGAAAUAUCCUUUACAAGCAAAUAUAAGAAUGCACAUGUGGUGAUUUAUGUCUUUGUAACUUUCCACAAGAAAGACAGUUGUAACUCCCUGAGUUCAGGGCCAGUCUGAUUUACUGAAUUAUAUAGCAAGCUUCAGGCCAGCCAGAGUUACAUAGUGAGUCCCUGUCUCGAUAAAUAAGAAAAAAAACG